CGUCAUUUUGAAUGUGAAGCAUGUAUUAGAUAUGAACGUGCUGAUUGGAUUGUGCUAUCCAUUAUUUUAGUUUGGUAACAACAGUUACACAGGAUUGGUUUGAUCGUCAAAUCGCACGUCUUAACAACCAACAUAUGCGUCAUAGAUUUAAGCACCGUAGGGAGCGAGCUGCACUGACUAUCCUUCUAUGAGUAUGGCCAUCUAACCUCGUUGAUGGCUUAGGCAGGCCAAGAACGGCUAAGAUAGCUUAAUUUGAAAAAAAGGAAUCAUUUUUUCAUCAUUUAAAGAAAAAUGUUACAAACUGUUACAAUAAACAACAUAGAAACAUAAUAAAUUAACAUUUAAUUGAUUCAUCGCUCCUGUUUAUCGUCCCUUCAACGCAGCACGCUCUUCUUGCUGGUAAACGGCAAGAUCAGCCAUGGAGAGCUGCUGCAUCGAAUGAACCGCGUCCCAUCUCCGUCAUGUUCGUUUUGUCCUGCAAUAGACAAACUGGAACAUAAAUUCGCUGGCAGCAGAAGAUUUGCUGAUGCUGGGCAGAUUCUGCACCAGCGAAUUAGCGUUGUAAUUUCAGAGUGUCCGUCUUCGUCAACGUCAUUGUUCGGUUUGUUGCGUUUGCCUGUACUAAAUGGCAUUAGAUAAACGCAGCCAUAUCCUAAGUUUGUUUGCGAACUAUGUCAUCCACAUCAUUGGAAACAAUGAUGCUGUGAUUGACAUAGAAGUUCUGCGUUGUUCAUUGUAAAUAUUAAUGUUAAAUAGAACCUAAGCACGUUUGCAAUAAAACUUUAAAAUAAAAUUGCAACAGUUGUUAAACGAAAAUUUGGCUUACCAUGUACGUGGUGUAUAACAAGGAAUAACAUGUUUCCCUGAAUAGAAGUCUAAUUAACAAAUUAACAAGAUGGGUUAAACUUGGGUAGCACUAAUUGCAACCCAGAACAAAUAGUGUACAUACGCAUUGAAGAAAAAUGAAGAACCAUAUAAAGUUUAAAAAAUAUGUAAAAAAGUGCUUACUGCAGUAGAAUAGAAAAAGUUAUCAAAUAUACAUUUGAACACAAAGCUGCUACAGUAUAUUGCGGAGUUGUUAUAGCUUGCCCAAAAUUAUCUCCCAAAAACUCGACCAACGGAAUUCCAACGAGUGUUAUCGACAUUAAACAUACGCUCAAAUAUGCCACAUUAAGACGUGCGUAAACUGCAGUUUUUUUUAGUUGGUAGAGCAACAUGAUAAUUGUUAACCACGUUGGAAAGUGGUUGAUCUGUUCAGCGGUACAAAACCUCUUAUAACGAUUAUUGUUAACUAGAUAUGACGUUUCAUUUGUUUUCGCUGUACACCAUUUACCGGAGUGUUAUCGGUGUAUAGUUCAUACAGAAGAAACAAAUGUUUAGGUGCAUCACAUUCUAUGCGUAAUUGAAGUAGAGUAGCAAAAAAAGGUCGGUAGUUUUCGGAAGAGCUUUGCACCUUUCCUUCUAGUAAACGGGAUCUCCUGGGGGUUUCAAGGAAACGGGUGCGAAUCGUCCGAAAAAUCCGAAUUGCACGUUCCGCACGCAGUUCAAGGCACGUUGUUUGUUUUCUUUAUACGGGUGAGAACAGUGUGUAUCGUUUUGCACGUCGCAUUGCAUGCAUACAACACACGACAGACAGUUUGAAAACAAAACAAAAAAGUCGAGAAAAGUGUCAUACGGGCUUUCAUCGCUGCAAAAGCUUGCAGUUAAAACACUCAGGUUUGACCCUUCGCACAGCGAGAUAGCUUGUGGUUUAUAAAAGCCCUUGCAAUCCAGCGUGUACAUUUUAGUUUGAAGUCGCAUGGUUUGGCCUACACGGUGCAACUGGCCGGCACGGUGCGUAACUGCAGACAGUGCGAUAGAAAUUAUUCGGUGUGCUGCAACAAGACAACGAUGAUGGGUGCGAAACAAUAUUCUACGUGCUCAGCUCUAUUGGCAGGCGUAAUAGCUGCCUGCUUGGUUCUUGGUGACAUUGGGGUGAAUAGUGCUCAAACGGCGCCGGUUUUGUUUCUUACUGUGAAAAGUUGCAACUUUGGUAUGACGAAAGUCGAUCAUUUGAAGUGUGGUUAUUUGAUUGUGACAGACAUUUUAAUAAGCCCUGAUGGAGUGCCGCUACCAUUUUUCCACGAUAACAGAAUCAAUAUCAAGAAGUCCGGUCUGAAGAUAAUUGCGUCCUUUGGGGGGUCAGUAGUGCCUUCUGAGCUGUUUGCUUUUCUAACGUGUGAUGAUCAACGGCGAGCUGCAUUUGUGAUUAAUUUGGUCGAGUUUACACUAGCUCAUGGAUUCCAUGGAAUCGAUUUGGGCUGGCUCUAUCCAGCACCACAGGAAAGGGAUCAGUACGUCCGAUUGUUAAGGGAUUUGAGACUUGCUUGCGAUCUGAAUGGAUUGGUGUUAACGGUGACUGUUCCUAGCCGACCGUCCGUGAUUGAGGUGAACUAUCCGGUGGAAAAACUGGAUAAGUAUGCAGAUUACGUUAUCUUGAGUACGACGGAAUUUAGAAAACUACGCAAAACAUCAUUCAUAGCACCGUUGUACUCAUGCAGUCCAGGGUCUUCCAAUAGCAUUGAUUACCACGUGGAUCGAUGGAAGAUGGCUGGUCUGAGCUGCGGGAAAAUUGUCAUUGUAAUUCAAACAAUGACAUUAACGUACAAGCUGUACAUUCAGAAUGAGUAUCGGGUGGGUACACCAGCUCUGCAGCUAAAGAUUCGUCCGUACUAUAAAAUCUGUCGGAAACUGUACAGUGGGUCGCUAGAGAUUUGGGACAGCAAUGUUCGAAGCCCUUAUGCAUUCCGUGAUUUAUCCUGGUACUCAUACGAAAAUGAAAAGUCCGUUAAAGAAAAGGUGUGUUUCGUAGUGCAGCAGGGUCUUGGCGGGUUGGCUGUGUUCUAUUACGAUGAAGAUGAUCCGAUCAAUAUAUGUGGAGAUGGGCAGUAUCCUCUUACAGCGAUAGUGGUAGCGGCAAUGAAUUCACAGUACCAUCCGCCUUCAGUGAUUACUGAUUCACAGAUCUACCAUUACGAUUCACCAUCGUUAACGCCACUAUCACAGCUAGACUACCACCAAUACAGUGAGGUUAACAGCAAAGACCCACUGGUUGUUUAUGUAGAAGAAGAGAACCCAUAUGGAAAGACAGUAUUGCCCUCCAAACCAAGCACUGGAACGUAUUUUCCAUCUAGCAAUGUUCAACACAAAUCGGGUCCGCUGAAUUACAGCAUGAAUAAGACGUCGUUAACCAGAGAAAUGAAUGAUCAAUUUUCUACAGAUGGGUUUGAAGCGUUUUAUGGUGCCACAGACUCAGGAUCUGAUGAGUAUCAUGAAGAUUUUAUGGAUACGAUUUACGGUUUAAUGGAAGUUGGUCAGAGUGUAGAUAUGGCUCCUCCCCAAUUAUCUACAAGCAAUACGCCUUCUAUGGUGUUUAGCGAACCAAACCCCGUAUCGCCCACUGUACAACUGUUCUCGGAAAAUGUUCCCGUAGACAACUCACGGGCAUGCAAAUUGUUUUCAGAACAUACCAAUAAUCAUCCUACGGGACACACUGCCUGCACUGGGUGCAAAGGGUUUGGUACUUCCAAGCCAUGUACGCAUUGCUCCUCUACGCCAGUCGAGCAUCACCGAGCAUGCUGUCCGUGCAAGUUGUCAGGAAUUAAAAUAGUCGCUACAGGAAAUGCACCGACAACUACAACUACUACAACUACAACGACGACAACUACAAUGGCGCCACCUGUCAUUCACUUUUUCCCGAUGAUGCCACCAACAAUGAAGCCACCUACAUGUUGCCAGGGGUGUGAAAAGUGUGUCAAAAUUAUGGCGACCGGUAAUGCCGAGGCUCCGAAAGAGGUAGUACAUCCUGUACAUUGCCCUUGUACAACGCCUGGGCAACAUCUGAAUGCUCAGUUAUACUCAGAGCAUUCAUGCGUGCCGGGAGCCAAAACUGCUGGAGUAAAAAUUCAAGCACAAGCUGUUGGAGCGCAACCAAUUGUUCCAUCUGCACCUUUCGGAGUGAAGAUUUGUCCUCGCGAUGGAAUCCUUCACGAUCCGCAUGAUCGACGCUCAUAUUAUCUUUGCAAACGUGGCUUGCCCAUGUGUGAUGAAAAUAAGUUCAGCUGCGCACACGGUUACAUAUUUAACGAAAUGAGUAAAAAAUGUGUACCGGAAGGAUUGUCGAAAUAGCUGCAUCGCUGAUUUUCUUACGUUUAUAAUUGCUUACCAGAGUCUGUUUAUGUCACCUUCCUACGUUUGCGGAAAAAAGCUUGCGUGCUGCUUAAACAAUCCAGUGAUUGUGUCGGUCUGUUUAGGUGAGCGUUUGCAAGUAAUGUGUAAAGAUAGCUGUAGAUAAUAAAUAGUUUUCCAAAUAUUAAACAUCCUGCAUCGUCUUUGAAAUAAGCUGCACUUCCUAACAUGCAUUGUUUCACAAUCACUAAACAAACCAUAAAGUGAUAUGAUUUUCUUCCGUGUUAUCAAUGCUCUGGUCACGUAGCAAUACUUUUUACCAAAAAAGUUUCAAACGUGCUUUUCGUGUGAAACAUGUGGCUUUCACAGUAUAACAAACAGUACUCCAACAAUGGUGCCUGGAAAUAUAAUAGACCGGAUGUAUUGCUUGAUUAGAGCGAAAGUGAUAUGACUGGUAAACGUUAACGGCGUACUGUACAUAUAUGUAUAAUUUACCUUCAUUUGAUAAGUUGACACGCUCACAGAGCAAUACAACAAAACUCUAGGAUUAGACUUGUGCCUGAUGGGAAUAUCCACAUCCAUCGAUACUAUAUUCGAUGUACGGAUACCAAUGGAUAUGGAUUGGAGAACCAUAAAUUUAAUUGAUUUUUUUUUAUUUGUUGGGAAUACUAGACGGCGAAUUUGAUUAAAAUAGAUUUUUUUCUUUUUUAUUCAUUACAUUCGCCGUUUGUUAAACACGCAGCCUACUGAAUUCGAAUGCACUUAUCGAACUAGUAUGAUAACACCAAACCUACUAAACCUACUGAAGUCUUAUGAACCAACCGGCCUCGUAUGAACCUAUUGAACUCGUUGCAUCCACUGACCGGGAUAUCAUAUGCUCAUAUGCAGUAGGAGCUGUUGAACCUACUGGAACCAAAGUUACUACCUGUAGCGUUCCGGGUUGCAUUUGUAUUGUCGGUAGGUUCGGGUCGACCCGCGCAUCACAAGCGUACACACAUGUACUAAUAGCUAGUGUGUAUCAAGCACUCAAGAGGAAACAAUAUUGUCCCAUGACCCAUGACCCAUGAAAAAUUAGUUUAAACAAAAUUUAAAACCAAGUAAAACAACUUUGGUAAUAUUACGAAUUUGAUUAGACAAGACAGAUACAAAGAUAAUGCUAUGGAAUGUAAUGUCUCAUGUGUAAGGCGCCCAUUCAUUCAUUGCGUAACGCAAAAUUUUCAAAUUUUCGACCCCCUCUGCCGUUAGUGCAACAAACUGUAACGUGGAAGAAACCCCACUAGUGAUGGGCAAAACGGCUCCGAAGGCAGAUCCGGCUCAGACCGGCUUCAAACAAUUUCGAAGCCGGAUCCACUCCAACGACUCCGCUCCUCGAGCCGGCUAC